UCAGGAAGCGAAUCGUGACUGCUCAGUCUGCACACAGUCACAGAUCACCAAAUCAGCAGCUCACACCGGUGACGAUGGAAGUAGACUGACAAUUUGAAAGAGAGGGCGAGGACAACCGAUCGAGAGACAUUCGUGAAUAAUAAUACAAUUUACUUUCCAUUAAAAGUUGGAUAGAAGAAACUUCGAACAUUUCUGCUACGUCACCUUGUCAAGAAGAAAUGCCAAGUGUUACAAUGACAAGGUGUCUUUUGCAGGUAACGUUAGCUAGCUACGAAGCUGGCUUAGCUCGAGUCUAGCUAACCAUCCAUCCAGGUCUGUCUGAUAGCGAAGUCACUGGGGUGCGUGGAGUUUGGAAACAUUUAAUAUCGUUUUUGGUGUACUGGUAAUUGUACGAGCUCGCCUUUCAUUUUUGUUUGCUCGAUACCCUUGCUAGUUAGGUUUUCUCAGCUAGCUAGCUAGCCUGUAAGCUACAUAAAGGUGGCGCGUAAAAUGCGGUAGCCAGGAAAAAGACAACCACGUUAACUGGAGAGCUAGCUAGCUUGUAACCAGAGCAACCAAGCGACUGACAACCUGUCAACAUAGUUGUGACAUUACUUCAGUUGCCGAGGAUCAUUUAGUCUGUUUGUGCCAACAAGUUCAUUUGAACGGGGAUUUAUUUCUACGGUCGGAUUUGACACCAGUUGGACUUGCUGAACACAUCACAGCAACAGCAGGAGAUAUGAACUUCAAGUUUCCAAAGGAAAUGCGAGGAAGACGUCAAUACAGUUAGCUGGCUAGCCUAGCAUAAAUUAGCUAAGCAGAGUCAGAUAUCUGUGAAACACAUUUAUUUUUGUCAUUUUUUUUCCACGUGAGAAAAUGAAGAGAACCGAAAAUAAAAUCAAAAAACAAAUUCCGGACCAGCAGGGAAGCGGCACAGCGGCGAAAGAUGUGAAGGAGUUUGCUGCGCCCCCUCCCCUGUUGUUCAGGAAGUUGAGUAACCCUGACCUGUCCCCCGCCGCCAAUAAGACAAAACUGCACCGACAGCUGAGCCAGGAUGACGGCCGCGCUCGCCGUAGCAGCAUGGCUAUGACCGGUAAGCAGCUCCUGCCCCUGUCCAACAGUUUGCAGGGUGGGGUGAGUCAGCUAGCCUGGCAGCCUCCUGGAGAACCCCCCAACAACCUGCUCCGCAUGAGGAACCAGUCCCUGGGCCAGUCUGCACCAUCACUCACUGCAGGACUGAAGGAGCUCAGUCUUCCAAGGAGGGCCAGUUUAAUCUGGCCGGCCGCUCAGCACCGCUGCCAUGGCAACAGCAGUCUCCUGCAGCACCUGCUCUCCCCCACCUCCCUCCCUCGCUCCAUCCACACCUCCUCCUCCCAGCCCUCCCUCCUCCUCCACUCCUCCUCUGCCCACGCUGAGGGCCCCCUGUCAGCCCCCGUCCACCAGGGGGGAAACCCUUUCCUCUGGAGCUGUCGGACCAGUAACAGGAAGAGCCUGAUUGUGACAUCCAGUACCUCUCCUACACUACCCAGACCACACUCACCACUACAUGGACACCCAGGGAGCAGCCCCCUGGACAGCCCCAGAAACUUCUCCCCCAGCACGGCAGCACACUUCUCCUUCGUUCCAGCUCGCAGUCACGGGCACAGGGCUGACAGGACGGAUGGCAGACGCUGGUCUCUGGCCUCACUUCCCUCCUCUGGAUAUGGCACUAACACACCCAGCUCCACCGUCUCAUCAUCCUGUUCAUCCCAGGAGAAGCUGCACCAGCUGCCCUUCCAGCCCACGGCGGACGAGCUGCACUUCCUCACCAAGCACUUCAGCUCCGAGAGCAUCACAGACGAGGAUGAACGACACUCGCCCAUGCGCCCCCGCUCACGCAGCCUCAGCCCUGGUCGCUCACCCAUCUCUUUUGACCAUGAGGUCGUCAUGAUGAACCAUGUGUACAAGGAGCGCUUUCCCAAGGCCACGGCUCAAAUGGAGGACCGUCUGGCUGACUUCCUGUCGUCCUCGGCCCCUGACAAGGUGAUGCCCCUGGCCGAUGGGGUCCUCAGCUUCAUCCACCACCAGGUCAUAGAGCUGUCCAGAGACUGCCUGGUUAAAAGCCGAGAGGGCUGCAUCACGUCGCGCUACUUUUACGAACUGCAGGAAAACCUGGAGAAACUACUGCAAGAUGCUCACGAGCGCUCGGAGAGUGUGGAGGUUACCUUCGUCACCCAGCUGGUGAGGAAGCUGAUGAUGGUCAUCGCUCGUCCUGCACGCCUGUUAGAAUGUCUGGAGUUUGACCCAGAGGAGUUCUACCAUCUUUUGGAGGCAGCAGAGGGCCAUGCCAAGGAGGGCCAGGGUAUCAAGUCAGACAUCCCCCGCUACAUCAUCAGCCAGCUGGGUCUCACCAGAGAUCCUCUGGAGGAGAUGGCCCAGCUGAGCAGCUACGACAGUGGGAACCCAGACACACCAGAGACCGACGACGCUGUGGAUAGUCGAGGGGCCACCGUACCUGUUGUAGCUCCCCCUAAAACCAAAGCCCCACGGGAGGAGGACUUUGAGAACAUCAAGCUCAUCAGCAACGGGGCCUAUGGUGCUGUGUUUCUAGUGCGCCACAAGGAGACCCGUCAGCGUUUUGCCAUGAAGAAGAUCAACAAGCAGAACCUCAUCCUGAGGAACCAGAUCCAACAGGCCUUCGUAGAGAGAGACAUCCUGACCUUCGCUGAGAACCCCUUCGUGGUCUCAAUGUUCUGCUCCUUCGAGACACGCAGACACCUCUGUAUGGUCAUGGAGUAUGUGGAGGGUGGUGACUGUGCCACCCUGCUGAAGAACAUCGGAGCGCUGCCCGUGGACAUGGCACGCAUGUACUUUGCUGAGACUGUACUGGCACUGGAGUACCUCCACAACUAUGGCAUCGUACACAGGGACCUGAAACCUGACAAUCUUCUGAUCACGUCGAUGGGCCACAUAAAGCUGACAGACUUUGGGCUGUCUAAGAUCGGUCUGAUGAGCCUCACCACCAACCUGUAUGAAGGACACAUAGAGAAAGAUACCAGGGAGUUCCUGGAUAAACAGGUGUGUGGUACACCAGAGUACAUCGCCCCAGAGGUGAUCCUCAGACAGGGCUAUGGGAAGCCAGUAGACUGGUGGGCUAUGGGGGUCAUCCUCUACGAAUUCCUGGUGGGCUGUGCCCCUUUCUUUGGAGACACACCUGAGGAGCUCUUUGGACAGGUCAUCAGUGAUGAGAUCAUAUGGCCAGAGGAGGAGGAGGCUCUUCCUAACGAUGCCCAGGACCUCAUCUCUAAACUCCUCAGACAGAACCCUCUGGAGAGGCUGGGCACAGGCAGUGCAUUUGAGGUGAAGCAGCAUCGGUUCUUCUAUAAUCUGGACUGGAACACUCUGCUGAGACAGAAGGCAGAGUUCAUCCCUCAGUUAGAGUCAGAGGACGACACCAGCUACUUUGACACCCGUUCAGACAGGUACCACCACUUGGACUCUGAAGAUGAAGACGACACCAACGAUGACGAACACGUAGAGAUACGUCAGUUUUCCUCCUGCUCGCCCCGAUUCAGCAAGGUGUACAGCAGUAUGGAGCGUCUAUCCCUCCAUGAGGAGAAGAGGACCCCCCCGCCCACCAAGCGUAGCCUCAGUGAGGAGGGAGGAGAACGCAUUGACAGCCUCAGUAGUCUCAAGUCCAGAGACCGCAACUGGCUGGUGGGGUCACCUGAGAUCCUGCGUAAGCGUCUGUCUGUCUCAGAGUCGUCCCACACCGAGAGCGACUCCAGCCCUCCCCUGACGGUGCGAAGACGCUGCUGCUCCGCCAUCAUCGAGAUGCCGCGCUUCGCCAUCUCCUCAGAGGAGGAAGCAGGGGUGGCCCCCAGCUAUAGGAGCCCCAGUCUGCUCAGCCAGACCCCCGGUGGAGUCAGGGGCCCCCGCAGCGAGGACUUGCCCCUCUCCAUCCCUGAGCUUCCCGUGGAGAGAGAGCUGAAACUGGAUGAGUCCCCCACAACACCAGACUCUACAGCCAGCCAGCUCAGCAAAGCCACACUCACACCGGGCAGUUCAGGAGAUGUGUGGGAGCGUGGUUCAGGGGCAGACAGCUCUCCCUCUACCCCUAAGGCCAUCAGUGACCUGGCAGCUAGGAGGGCCCGUCACAGACUGUUGUCUGGAGACACAGACAGACACGCCCAGUCCAGACCACUCAACAAGGUCAUCAAAUCAGCCUCCGCUACCACUCUCUCACUCAUGAUUCCUGCUGACCACCACGGGGCCUCCCCAUUGGCCAGCCCCAUGUCACCCCACUCCUUCUCGUCCAAUCCCUCGUCCAGAGACUCCUCCCCCAGUAGAGACCUGUCCCCAGCCGUGGCCAACAUCAAACCCGCCAUCAUCAUCCACAAGGCGGGCAAGAAGUACGGCUUCACCCUGCGAGCCAUCAGGGUGUACAUGGGAGACACAGACAUCUACACAGUACAUCACAUGGUCUGGCAUGUAGAGGAGGGUGGUCCAGCCCAUGAUGCAGGGCUGAGAGAAGGAGACCUCAUCACUCAUGUGAAUGGAGAGGCUGUCCACGGCCUAGUGCACACUGAGGUGGUGGAACUCAUUCUCAAGAGCGGCGGUAAGGUGUCCAUCUCUGCCACGUCCUUUGAGAACACCUCCAUCAAGCUGGGCCCCGCCCGCAAGACCGGCUCCAAAUCUAAGAUGGCGCGUCGCAACAAGAAGACCAAGACCAAAGACAGCAGCCAGGAAAGCAGUAGUAAGAAGAGGAACUCUCUGUUCAGGAAGAUCACUAAGCAGGCGUCUCUUCUCCACACCAGCCGUAGCCUUUCCUCUCUGACCCGCUCUCUGUCCUCUGGAGAGAGUGGACCUGGGUCCCCCACUCACAACCUGUCCCCUAGAUCACCUACACAGGGUUACCGGUCCACACCUGACUCUACACACUCUGGUAAGGGUAACUCGUCUCAGAGCAGCUCUCCCAGCUCCAGUGUUCCUAACUCCCCAGCCAGCUCCGGUCACAUCAGGCCCAGCUCCCUCCACGGCCUGGCCCCCAAGCUCCAGCGCCAGUAUCGCUCCCCUCGCCGCAAGUCAGCCGGCAACAUCCCUCUAUCCCCCCUGGCCCGCACCCCAUCCCCAACCCCACAGAGCACCUCCCCCCAGCGCUCUCCCUCCCCCCUGUCCAGCCACGGAUUAGGCUCCACCUCUAUGGGUCAGAUCUUUCCCGUCAAGCUCCACUCUUCCCCCCCUCUGGUCAGGCAGAUCUCCAGGCCCAAGAGCGCUGAACACCCCCGCUCCCCACUGCUCAAGCGAGUCCAGUCUGCUGAGAAGCUCGCCUCCUCCCUCUCCUCCUCAUCGUCCUCCCCCUCUCCAUCAGGCGCCGGAGGCGACAAGAAGCUGCCUGUAACAGUGACAGGGCGCAAACACAGCCUGGACAUCUCCCACGCUGAGUUUAAGAAGGAGAUGCUUCAGAGAGACCCCAGUCUGCAGAGUCUCCAGGAAUCAGCUGGGGAGAGAGAGAGCCUACUGCUGGGGGUGGGGCCUGGGAUAGGGGGCCGUGGGGGUCCCGUGGAGAAGGGCAGCCUGCAAAAACCCUCCUCCAGCAGGAAGCUAGGACGUCAGGAGGGGGACGGAGGGUCGACUGCCGGGUCCCUGGGGCUGGCUCCCGGGAAGAGCAAACUGAAGGACAAGCUGUCAGCCAUCAGACAGGACCGGGCUGAGAGGAGGGAGUCCCUACAGAAGCAGGAUGCGAUCCACGAGGUGGACUCAUCAGAGGACGAGACAGACGAGGGUUCAGAGGACAGUCAGGACGGGAGGGGCAGGAACACCUGUACCUUUACCCCCCCACUGCUCCGCCCCACCUCCGUCAUGCCCAUCGCCCCCCGUACAGGACCCGGGGGCACCCUCCCCUCCCUCUGUCUGUCCCCCUCCUCCACCCUGCUGCCAAGCAGAGCCACCAUACCCUCCACACUCCACGAACACAAGCCCACUCAGAGUGGUCCUUCGCUGGGAGGGAAAGACGGCGGCUCAGCCUCCUCGGAUGACUGUCGGCGGAGAGAUGGGAAGGCUCCAGACCCCAGCAGCAAGUUCACCCAGAGCCCCCUGUCCAGCACCUUCGCCACCCUCGGCAGUGCUUUCAUCUCCGUCAGCAAGGACACCUUCCUGAAGCCUGCUGCUUCAUCUCCACAUCAGGACUGGAGGAGCCCCAAGUUGCUUGAGCCCAGGGGGAAGAGCAGUAGUUUAUGGAGCGAGGAGAGAGACUCUGGCCUGGAGGCCCCCAGAUCCAGCCCCACUGGGUCCAUAGACGGCAGAGACCUAGUCCCCACACCCAUCUCCUCCCCAGGCAUCACCAAGGAGAAGAAGGAGGCUGACAACCGGAGACAUGCAGCUGCUGCUGCCGCUGCGGCAGCCUACGCCACCCCCAGCCCCCCAGCCUCUCCAGCCUCAGUGUCAAGGUCAGACAGUGGGGUGGACAAGGUGGUGUCACAUCUAGCCAAUGUAGCUCAUAGCGUCCUGGGGCCCGUCAAACUAACCAUCCCCGGGGCCAAGGAGGCCUUUGAGAGAGCCAAGGACCAGAAUCAGAGACACUCCGACCCCCCUCACCCCAAGGCCACACCUGACUCCCCCCUCGCCGCCGCCACCACUCCCCUCUCCCCCUCCACCUUCAGACACCCUGCCCCUCAGCCACCACCCCGCCUGUCCUCCCAGUCUCCUUCCAGGCAGCCCUCCUCCAAAACUGAGCCAGCCCCCCCUCCCCCUCCACAGAGGAGGCUCUCCCCUCCUAAAGACUGCACCCUGGCCCAGGGCACCCAGGACACCAUGGAGAGGCCGGUGGUGGAGACUGCACCAAGGAAGGUGCCCACCACCACACCCAACCAGACACCUACUGCAGCCUCAGAGCAGCGCAAUAGGCCAGACCCACUGGCCUCACAGAGACCCAGCCCAGUCUCCACCCCGCAGGACAAAACCAGCAGCAAGAAGACGUAGCAGAUAAGACACCCAUGAGAAUAGAGACUGCUUGAUGGAGAUCUGAAUCUUUAUCCACAGACUGCAUGUUUGGAAGAAAAGAACAUUCUAAACUUUUUGCAACUCACUAAUCAUUAUCUGAGAGCAUAGCCAUCUGAUGGAGGGAGGGAGAGAGAGAGAGAGAGAGAGAGAGGGAGGGAGAGAGAGGGAGAGAGGAGAGAGGAGGGAGAGAGAGGAGAGAGGAGGGAGAGAGGUGAUAGUUUGGGCCCUUACUAUGUGUUUCUGUAUUCCAGAGACAUCCAGAUUGGCUGUAGAUCUCUUGUUGUUCUUAUACUCCGUUUUUUCACGUUGAUUCAUGUUCCUGUGAAGUCGGUCUGCGUUUGUUUCUCUCUCUGCAAAGAAACAUGGGGGCUAGAAAUAAACAGUGUGAGUUCACUGAUCCACACGCACUGAGGAGAAAGGAUUAACAAACACACACAAACAUCUCUCAUGGUAUUUUCUUAGUAUACGGCCUCGUUAGCCUUCACCUUGGAAGUUCCGGGCGUCUCACGUGUGACUAGUAUCAAGCCAAUAGAUCAGGUUGUGCCUUGUAAACGACCCAGCCACCACUGCAACCCUCCUGCGUGUCUCCAGCUGUCCGUGACUGAACAGGGUGUAACUCAGCAAUAAAAGUAGCGUAUGCUUAGGAAUCUGUAUAAAUACAUUACAGUCUGUUAAUUAAACAAUCUGCAUCACCCACCUUUAACUCACUCAGCAGCCUCAGGCAAAUGGCAAUGUGUGAUAUUAUUCCCUCGUGGUCUAACGCUGCACUCUGUUUAACUGUUUAAUAGUGCAGACUAGCUAGAGAAUAUAACACUCGAUUCAUGUUGUGGCUAUCAGAAUGGCUAUUCAAGCAGUGUUUGUAUUAUAUCACAGAGCGUUCCAUGACAAUCCAUUUCCCUAUCCGCUCCAACGGCUAUUCGUGUGCUUGUCAGUGUAGCUAGCGUAUAGAAGCUAACCCUUCCAUGGCUCUACCUGGACCUGUCAGUGUAGCUAGCGUAUAGAAGCUAACCCUUCCAUGGCUCUACCUGGACCUGUCAGUGUAGCUAGCGUAUAGAAGCUAACCCUUCCAUGGCUCUACCUGGACCUGUCAGUGUAGCUAGCGUAUAGAAGCUAACCCUUCCAUGGCUCUACCUGGACCUGUCAGUGUAUCUACGGCAGUGUAUAGAGCUGUGUGAGGAUGUACGUGUUGUGGUAGCUCGGAUACUAGCCUAGCCGUUCACCUUGUAACUGCAUGAUGGCCUCACCAGAUCUAGAUCUCUAUGUCAGGGGACUUUCUAAUGAUAGAAGAAUAGUGGGUGGUUCAUAGAACAUCUUUACAUUGAGAUGGACUAUAGGUGAGAUGAGGAGGAAAGGAGGGACAGUGAUCUAGUCACAGACAACCUGGGGACACCUGAUCAAUCUGGUCCUAGCCUGGUUUGGUCAACUACACAGACAACCUGGGGACACCUGAUCAAUCUGGUCCUAGCCUGGUUUGGUCAACUACACAGACAACCUGGGGACACCUGAUCAAUCUGGUCCUAGCCUGGUUUGGUCAACUACACAGACAACCUGGGGACACCUGAUCAAUCUGGUCCUAGCCUGGUUUGGUCAACUACACAGACAACCUGGGGACACCUGAUCAAUCUGGUCCUAGCCUGGUUUGGUCAACUACACAGACAACCUGGGGACACCUGAUCAAUCUGGUCCUAGCCUGGUUUGGUCAACUACACAGACAACCUGGGGACACCUGAUCAAUCUGGUCCUAGCCUGGUUUGGUCAACUACACAGACAACCUGGGGACACCUGAUCAAUCUGGUCCUAGCCUGGUUUGGUCAACUACACAGACAACCUGGGGACACCUGAUCAAUCUGGUCCUAGCCUGGUUUGGUCAACUACACAGACAACCUGGGGACACCUGAUCAAUCUGGUCCUAGCCUGGUUUGGUCAACUACACAGACAACCUGGGGACACCUGAUCAAUCUGGUCCUAGUCUGGUUUGGUCAACUACACAGACAACCUGGGAACACCUGAUCAAUCUGGUCCUAGUCUGGUUUGGUCAACUACACAGACAACCUGGGGACACCUGAUCAAUCUGGUCCUAGCCUGGUUUGGUCAACUACACAGACAACCUGGGGACACCUGAUCAAUCUGGUCCUAGUCUGGUUUGGUCAACUACACAGACAACCUGGGGACACCUGAUCAAUCUGGUCCUAGUCUGGUUUGGUCAACUACACAGACAACCUGGGGACACCUGAUCAAUCUGGUCCUAGUCUGGUUUGGUCAACUACACAGACAACCUGGGGACACCUGAUCAAUCUGGUCCUAGUCUGGUUUGGUCAACUACACAGACAACCUGGGGACACCUGAUCAAUCUGGUCCUAGCCUGGUUUGGUCAACUACACAGACAAACAUUGUUGGGAUGACAAGAGUCAAGUAGUUAAGAUGAGGUAGAUCUAUUUAGAUAUAUGGGUUUGAGUACCGGGCAGCGGAUUGUUCCUGCUGCCCCUGAAACUCAAUUACCCAGACUCCUCUCAAACUCUGAGGCAGGAAGACUGCUCACAAGUUUGUAUACAGGCUAGUUAGCAUAGGGCUGGGCAAUAUGUCGGAUUCAGUUGAUUAAUUUGAAUGUAUGUUUUAGCGCGAUGUUUCAAAUGCCUGUAUCGCAGGAAUUGAGGUUUUAAUAUUUUUUUGUUUUUAUGAGCGUUUGUCUUUUUGGUCUCGUAUUCCCCCCCCCCCCCCCCAUGCUGUGUGUACUGUGCACCUUCCCACUUGCACACAGACACCAAGACCCUCCCCCUGUCACUCACAACAACAAAGACUAAAGAUCACAUCCUCUCUGACAAGCAAUUUCAGCCACAUUUGAGGUUUGGUCUAACAGGAUGGGUCAUAUGGACGCUGAAACACAUUGAGACAUUAACUUACUGUAGUAGAGAAGUUAACCCUCUUUAUGUCUCAACUUCUCAAAUUACGCGUAGAGCAGACGCUACUAAAACCAGAGUAUAAUGAACAUUGCUUGAGAGAUUGCUUAUAUGAGACCUGUGUUAAUGUUGUAUAUUGCCUACAAGAGGUUGGUCAUUAUCAGUGAAUGUAUAUUAUACAUGGUUCUGGUUACAUUUGGAACUAAAAGGGCAUUUUCAUAGACCAACUUGAAAGCCAGAAAAAUAAUCAGGUUAAACUAUUUUGAUAAAAAAAAGUAUACAAGUAUUCAUGGGUCUUAUGGUUGUGGAAGGCUUUUAUUUAGCCACGGAAUAAUUUCACAAGUCCUGAAUUCAUUCGAUUAUAGCUGACUGUUUGAAAUGCAGUUUAUUUUACCUUUAAUUGUACCAAAAAAAAGCUUAGUUAGAGUAAAAAAUAAAAAAAUUAAUUGAGAUAUAUAUUGUGAAUGGCCAUAAGUUUGAAAAAGUCCAGAUCAGAUUUUUCGUGGAGAUGUGGCCAAGCUCUACGUAGUGUAGCAGUACAACAGUAGACACACUGGCCUUCAUGUAUAUUCUGACAACCAGUGGUCUCACCGUAGUCUUUAUUUCUAGCCCCUGCUCACUCUGUUUUUAUCAGACUCUUAAGGUUUGUUCAACUUGCUGUGUUCUCUCUGUGUUUUGCCUCUUAUCCUGUAAAGCUAACAGACUUUACUUUGUAUAUGCGUUCAAGACUGUGUGUGUUGUCAAGUGGCUGUCAGAUGUGUGUGUGUGUGUAUAUAUAUAUAUAUAUAUAGCAGACCUUUAAAUAUUCAUACAUAUAUAUAUGAAUAUUUAAAGGUCUGCAGUGUCUUUUUUACUCUACCGUGUUGGGACUUGGGAGUGUGUUUUAGUUAGUGUAGACGUCUCAUAGUUAGUUACCCCUAUUAGUGCUGUCUGUCCCUGACUGAUAUCUCAGUUGGCCUAUAGGGUCGGGGAUGGGUCAGCAGGGGGGCGGGCUUUGCACAACCCUUUUAUCGCUGUAUGUCAAAUGAAAAGCCAACUAAAUAAAAGGAAGGGCAAUCAGAUCCCUGGCUUUUAGGUCAGUCACAACGAUGUUGACCAAUCAGAAGUCUGAACUGACCGAACACCACUAUGAUCCUCCAGUCCCACUGCUACGUGUGGGGUUUUGUGGGUGUGGGCGUUCAUACUUGUGUGUGUUCCUGCGUGUGUGUUCCUGCGUGUGUGUGUGUGGGCGUUCAUUUGUGUGUCUUAGUUUGCAAAGUAAGGGGAUGUUGCCAUGUUGUAAAACUGUGGCUACCUGCAGCAUACAUCACUUUUUUUCUGUGUGAGAGUUCAAAUCUCCCUCGGGGUGUCCUGCAAAGUUUUGUUGCUGUUGGAGAUGUCGCAAAGAGCAGCUCAUUGGGAUGACUGACUGAGGGUGAGACAGGACUGGUGUCUAUAGAUACUAAAGAGAUCCGUGUUGUCAAUACCUAACCCCAGACAGACAACCCCACUGACAGACUGUGGCUAGCAAUUUCUGUAAUGUGUUUCAAUGUUGUUCAAUCUUCCUCAAUGCUACUAGAAAUCAACCUCUGUAACAGGCAGUGAUAAUUAUUCAUGUCAACAGCUUUCCACACUGUAAAGUUACCCUGGAUCAUAUCAGAGUGACUGGGUUGUUGUGGCCUUUACAUAUUAUUCAUGUAACCUAACCACUGACGGACUACAGACAAUGUUCAUGAGGAGGAACAUUGUGCAUAUAAUGUUUAGAGGUUCGGCCCUGGUCAAAAGUAGUGCAGGAAAUAGGGGGACGUUUCCUAAAUCACCUGUGGUGUGACUAGUGGUAUCCUCUAGUGCACAAGGAUAGAGGGUAGGUAAUGUGAAUCGUGGUAUCCUCUAGUGCAGAAGGAUAGAGGGUAGGUAAUGUGAGGUGUAGGCCCCAAGUCCUCCCAGAGAAAAGCUGUCAUUUGUCACUGGGACAGAUCGGCCAAGCUUAGCGUUGGGAUUUAACAACUCUGCUGUAGCCAAUCAAUCAACCCCAGACUGAGAGAGCAUCUCCUAAUUGGCCGAAUAUGUCAGGUGACUCAAAUUGUCAUCCUCCAUUUGUUUCUGUGUGUUGAGGGUUAUUUUAUAUCAGCCAGAGUCAUGAAAGACAAGUCUCUGUGGCAUUCCCCAUUUGAUAGUAAAUUAAUGUUGUUAACUUGGCCCCUGCACAUCGAAUGACUAUAGUCCCAAAACUGAUCUGAAGUUCUGAUUUGAUAUGGGUCAUCUCUAUAAGAAUAGUUUCUACAGUGUGUAUUGUGUUGUAUGUCAUCUCAUCUGGACUAUACUGGUGGCCCUGUUGUUAUUGCUGCUUGGACAGCUGCUACUCUCUCUGACCCAAUCCGAGUGCCAUCCUCCACUGCCCGGCGCCAGCCUGACCAUGCCUGACAUUCACUGUUGUAUCACACAAACAGCGUCUGUAAUGAUGCUGAUCCAGCCAUCUGUCAGAGAGUGAAGUCAAGUGUUAGUUUCCCUGGUGGAGUAAUUCAUCUCUAGCUUUGGGCUGUUGGCUGCUCCCAACACACACACACACACACACACCACACACAAAGCAAUUUCAGCCAAACAAAACACUACCUACCCCCUAGUCUGGGCCCAUCACCUCCAAUGUUCAGUUAGGUCCACCAGAGCCCACUGGAGGGGCUGUCCCUCUCUCUCUCUCGGUUAACCCUGUGGGUAACCUCCACCCUGGACUUUAGCCUCACUACAGCUCUACAGACAGAUCCAUACAGUUUGUGUUUUUAUUGUAGCCACAGUAUGCGUUGUGUGUUAAGGCCCAUAGCGAUGGUAGGGCUGUCUGUGUGCAGAGACCAAUGCCACUGAACUGAGGGAAGAGGAGACUGUUGACUUCAUAUUAUGGACUUGACUCCCCAGUGUUUAGGCAGUAUUUUAAAAACUGUGUGAGAGAGAUCCUGUGUGUGUGUGUGUGUGUGUACAGCGUGUGUCUGAAGUGUGAAGGAGAGGAGAUCUGUCUGAAAAGGGUGAAGAGAUCCUGUGUGUGUGAAGUGUGAAGGAGAGGAGAUCUGUCUGAAAAGGGUGAACACAGAUCCUGUGUGUGUCUGAAGUGUGAAGGAGAGGAGAUCUGUCUGAAAAGGGUGAACACAGAUCCUGUGUGUGUCUGAAGUGUGAAGGAGAGGAGAUCUGUCUGAAAAGGGUGAACACAGAUCCUGUGUGUGUCUGAAGUGUGAAGGAGAGGAGAUCUGUCUGAAAAGGGUGAAGAGAGAUUGCUACAGUAAAACCAGUGCAAUAUCUUUUUAUUUUUUAUUGUGGUUAAACGCAUGUUGUUGUUAAUCCUACAUUAUCAUAAUAAUAAAGGUUUUUUAUGUAUA